UCCUCUCGGGCGAUAUGUCGACCUCCUCGUCAGCCCCCCGUUCCACGUGGCCGGUGUAUGGUCCAGUGCCGAUGACUCGAUGCACUGACUGCCCACGGACUGCGCCACUGAAGCGGUUGACUUCGAAGGAGGAGAAGAAUGGGAACUUUGGGCGCGAGUUCGUCAAAUGCGAGAGCAAGCCGGAGGGGCAGAUCGUGAAGAAAUGCCACCAUUUCGAGUGGAUGGAUGAUUACAUCCAGAGGCUUCAAGGGUUGGGCUUGCUGGAUUCGAGGGGGAAUGCAAUCCGCGAGUUCAAUCUGCCCCAUGACAGUGCCGCUCCGGCAGCAGCAGCACGUCCGGAAUACCCAACGGUGGUAGAUGUCGAACUGAAGACGGAAUUGAAGAAGAUGAACAAGAACUUCAAGCAGCUGAUUGAGUUGAAGAAGCAAUCCAAUCUGAUAGCUUUAGGAAUACUUGCUCUAGGAAUUUUUUACUUGAUGGCCAUCUCUCGUUAGAGA